GAGGACGGCGGGUCACGUGGCCGGGGUAGGGGCGGGGCUGCCGGUGCCGCCGUGACCGUUGGCUGCGGCGAUCGUUCCCGUGGCCCUGCGGCGGCAUGCAGAACGUCAUCAACACGGUGAAGGGGAAGGCCCUGGAGGUGGCCGAGUACCUCACUCCCGUCCUCAAGGAGUCCAAAUUUAAAGAAACUGGAGUCAUUACACCUGAAGAAUUUGUCGCAGCUGGCGAUCACUUAGUUCACCACUGUCCUACUUGGCAAUGGGCUUCAGGAGAAGAGCUAAAAGUCAAGGCUUAUCUGCCAACAGACAAACAAUUUUUGGUAACUAAAAAUGUACCAUGCUACAAAAGGUGCAAGCAGAUGGAGUACUCAGAUGAGCAGGAAGCAAUUAUAGAAGAAGAUGAUGGUGAUGGGGGAUGGGUAGACACCUUUCACAAUGCAGGUAUAGCGGGUGCAACAGAAGCAGUUAAGGAGAUCACUCUAGACUGUAAGGAUAAUAUAAAAAUACCAGAGCGAUCAGCAUCCUGUGAAGAUGAUGACGAGGAAGAUGAAGGAGAAGCUGCAGACAUGGAAGAGUAUGAAGAAAGUGGGCUAUUGGAGACAGAUGAUGCAACACUUGACACAAGACAGAUUGUAGAAGUUAACAAAGCUAAAGUUGAUGUUGGAGGGGAAGAUGCUAUUCUACAGACUAGAACUUAUGACCUCUACAUCACUUACGACAAGUAUUACCAAACUCCAAGGCUCUGGUUAUUUGGAUAUGAUGAGCAACGGCAGCCUUUAACAGUAGAGCAUAUGUAUGAAGACAUUAGUCAAGAUCAUGUCAAGAAAACUGUGACCAUUGAAAACCAUCCUCACCUUCCUCCACCUCCCAUGUGCUCAGUUCAUCCAUGCAGGCAUGCGGAAGUGAUGAAGAAAAUAAUAGAGACUGUUGCAGAAGGUGGAGGAGAACUUGGAGUUCACAUGUACCUUCUUAUUUUCUUGAAAUUUGUACAGGCAGUCAUUCCAACAAUAGAAUAUGACUACACAAGGCACUUUACAAUGUAACUAAGAUAAAAGAUCCUCUAUCAAGUCUUUUUUUUUUAAAUAACCCAUCCAUGUGACAUACAUUAUACACAAUUUCUGUAAUUAACCUUUUAUCAAGCUGAUAGAUUAAAAUAAAAUGUUCCAUUACCA